AUGGCGGCUGGCUCCUACCUCCUUCAUCAGCUGCUGCACUACGACGCCACGAAGCUCCAUGUGGUUGUGUUCUGCUUUGGAAGGGAUUUUGCAUACUUGUUUGACAAGAGGACACGAACGGUGACAAUAUACGCGGGUGAGAAUAAUAUUGGAAGAGCUAUGAUAAAUUUGGCUGGGAGUGGAAUGAAGGGGUAUAUCAUCAUCGAUAUGGCAAGACAACUUCAAGAACCAUCGAAUGAUGUUGUGUCCUCCCCUGAGUGGGGCAUCAUUACGUUGUCGUCCCCGCACGAAGAUAACUUCAAAGCAUGGACGGAGCAGGCGGAGUAUUGGAGAAGGGUGAACAUGCACAUGCAUGACGUCGGACCGAUUCCACGAUGCAUCUUUCAAUUCAAUGAGUAUAAGGACCGCGUGGAGGAAAUCAAGAACAUCCUGGCAGCUAUCGACGCUUCAAAUGCUGUACAUUAUGGGAUGAUUGGAGGUGUGGAAGAGUGGCCCUCGAAUGACGCACCUCACAAACUUGUGAAAGCUGUCAGAGUAAAAACACAACGCGGUCUUGAGGCGUUUGUGAACCUGCCGGUCUGUUUUUCCAUUGGAAGCAAACUAAUUGGAGGGUUGCUCGAGGUGGAUGAGGAGAAUGGCAUUAUUUUUCGACUAUUGAAGUGCAGAAAAGAAUUAUUGGCAGACGCUUCGGAGCGGUAUACUCCGAACGCAUUCCUGCGUAGAGUCUUUGUGGAAAAUAAAAUGCCGGACCUCAACGAGUUGCCUCCACCAGGACGUCGUCAGCGACAGAGAUGUGUGCAGCAAUCGAACCCCGAAAAGCAUCCAAGCAUACCCGUUGCAUUAAUAGCGCUGGGCCACACUCCUCCGAUGUUGGAUGCACAAUGCGGGGUGCUAUACGUACCGGAGAGCAGACAUUUUCCGUUUGUGGACGGUUUUUUCUUCGUUGGUGCACCGCGGAGGACGAUGGUUGCGGUGCAGGUGACGACGAGGGCUGAGCAUGGCACCCAAGCCAGCACGGUGAGGCGGUUCAACGAUCUUCCACGGAGUUAUUUUAAUGACUGGGAAACUUUUGCGGAAGACUUGCCGUGGGGGAUUAUUUACGUGCAUCAUGAGGACAGUACGGCAAUAAACGCGUGGCAGGGAUGUGUUGUCGUGGCGCACGCAAAUGUAACGGGCAGCAAUGAGCGUGAGGACCCUCAGGCCAUUGCGGCAUUUUGGAAUCAGCAGGUGCGUCAGUGCGAGGUAGCGGUAUCAGCUGAAAAUUUCAGAAGUGAACGACAAACCGAACGUGGGCGACAACCAGAGGGACAAGGAAAAGGAGAAGGGGAAUAA